GUGCUGUGCUGUCUCACGGCACCUGCGCCCAAGAUCGUGUCGCGUGGUGAUCCCUGUUGCUGUUGGCGUGUGACAAAGCCCCUUGGCAACACCAUUGCUAUGGCCAAAUCAAUUGGUGUCGUGCUCUUUGGCUGCGGAAACGUUGGUCUUACGGUCGGCAAGCGGCUCCAGGACUGCGCGGCUAGCCAUGCCAAGCGCUAUGGUCUGCGCUUUGACUUGCGUGCCAUUGUGGACAGUCGUGGAGCACUCUUUGAUGCAGAAGCGCUCGCAAAUCUCGGCGCCAUUGCCGACUUUAAGCAGCAGGGCAACUCGCUGGCUCAACACGCUCAGGGUGUGAGCACUAGCGAAGACAUUGCUCAGCAUCUGGAACCACUGGCGUCAAGCGGUAACAUCUUUGUUGACUGCACGGCGACAGAUCGCAUCAGUGGCCAGUUGAUUGAGGCCAUCCAGCGAGGCGCUGGCGUCGUGUUUGCCAACAAGAAGGUUUUGACGGGAGACUGGUCCACCUUUCAGCAACUCACGGGACCGGACGUGACGGGCCGGUGUCGGUUUGAAUCUUCGGUGGGGGCGGGGUCACCCUUUGUUGCGGCAGUGAGCCGCGUUGCGGCGGCGGGAGAUGCCGUGCAUCGCAUUCAAGGCACAUUUAGUGGGACGUUGGGAUUUAUUACCGCUGGCCUGGAUAAGGGGCGAUCGCUGAGUGAACUGGUGCGAGAGGCUUACGAUCUGGGCUAUACGGAGCCAGAUCCGCGUGAUGAUCUGAGUGGCAUGGACGUGGCCCGCAAGGCCCUUAUCCUGGCCCGUGUUUGUGGCUGGUCCUUGGAAAUGAGCGACGUUGAUGUGCAGGGCUUGUAUCCGGCCUCGCUGAGCGAUGUGAGUGUGGCUGAUUUCCUGGCGCGAAUUGGCGAGCUGGAUGCCGACAUUGCUGCGCAACAGGAGGCGGCUGCCAAAGAAGACUGCGUGUUGCGCUAUGUUGCCGAGGCUGGGCCACAGGGGUGCCAAGUGGGCCUGCGUCCUGUGCCCCGGAGCAGCCCCAUUGGUGCCCUGAGCGGCACCGAUAACAUCCUCAACGUCCACUCGGACAUCUACUCGAGCACCCCCUUGGUGAUCCAGGGCAGUGGUGCUGGCGCCGACAUUACGGCUGCCGGCGUUGUGGCAGAUAUGGUGGAGAUUGCCGUGGCCCGAUUCCCCUAAAGCUUGCCAUACUAUCAAAGUGUGAUUUUAAUCACACAUUUACUUGCCAUAGCGUGUGAUGCUGCUGCGUCACUC